UGGUGGCUACGGCGCCCGAGGAAGUGGUCGGAGUUACGGCGGUCGUGGUGGUGGGUAUGGUGGUGGUGGUAGGGGAUGUUAUAAUUGUGGAGCUGAAGGGCAUUUAGCGAGGGAUUGUCCGAAUGAUCAGAAAUGAGAUUGUGUAAAAUGGAAGAUGAUGACAUUGUAAUUGCGGUUUUAUACAAUGGAACAUUGGUACAAAAUGAUAGUGGUGAUUGGGAAUAUCGAAAUGGUAAAAAUGUAAUGGUUUCCGUCGGCAAGAGAUGCACAACAUCAGAGUUAAAGGAUGAGAUUUUCAAUUCUAUUGAGAUAGAUCGAAAUGAAUAUUUGCUAAAGCUAAAAUGGAUAUAUGGACGAUGUACAGAAAAGUUGGAUCCUACAGAAAUACGAUGUGAUAGGGAUGUGAAAUGCUUUCUUCAAGAAGUGAGGAAUGGAGGGAUGACAAUGAUGCGGCCUCCAUUGUAUGUUGAGGUGAUUUCAAAAGUUGAACAUGUAUGUAGAAAUGUUCAUCAAACAGCAUUUGCUUCGGAUAGUGAGAGUAAUCUUCAUUCUUUUUCUUGUCGUCCAAUUGACGCUCGUCUACCACAAGCUUCCGGUACUGAACCUAUUCAGGCUACAUCUCAAGAAAUUAUGGUUCAAGAAACUCAGUUUAGAGAUCAAGUUGAUGUUCGUGGGGCCUGGACAUCAUUUAACAUUCACGAAGGAGUUGAUGUUGGAGGUGACUAUGCUGAACGGUUUCCUAACGACGAGGAGUAUGAGCAGUUGCAUCAUAUUGAUCAUGAUGAGAAUUACAAUGCAGCAGGGGAUGAUGUUGGUUAUAAUGAUGUAGAUUUUGAUCAUGAGUUACCGGACAAUGAUAAUGAUAUGCAUCCUGAAAUGAACAAUGAAGGAGUUGAUGAUGUUAGGGUUCAUCGUGCUACAAGUGACCACAUAUCAUCGAGCAACAGAAGUGGUUCUAUGGCCAUAUUUUCGUCAAAGUUCACUGGCUGUGAGAGCAUAGUAGUUGGACAAUUAUUUCGCAACAAACGUGACCUACAGAAUAAACUGAGUAUCUAUUGCAUGCGAGAAAAUAAGGAGUUCAAGGUGACACAGUCAACUACACAACGGUAUGAGGUUGUAUGCUUGAAAAAUACUUGUAAAUGGCGACUACGUGCAACCACAUUUAAAAAUGGAGAAAUAUUUGUUGUGAGAAUUUUUGAUAAUGUACACAGUUGCUCGUUAGAUAUCGUGCAUCGAGAACACAAGCAAGCCAGUAGCCGUGUUAUUGGGCAAUGUAUCAAAUCUAAAUAUGAAGGUAUUGCACGUGUUUACAAACCCAAAGAAAUUCAACAUGAUUUUUUGCAGAAAUAUGGGGUGAAUAUAAGCUACAACAAAGCAUGGAGAGGUAAAGAGUAUGCACUUAACAGUGUUAGGGGAUCUCCAGAGGAGAAUUUUGCUAAGUUACCUGCCUACUGUUAUGAGUUAGUGUCGAAGAACCCUGGGACUGUUACACGUAUCAAAACAGACGAUAAUAACAAUUUUGUAUAUUUUUUUAUGGCGAUUGGAGCAAGCAUUAGGGGAUUUAAAUCCCACAUAAGACCCGUAUUGGCUGUUGAUGCAACUACAUUGAAAGGGAAAUACAAAGGAUACAUGUAUAUUGCAUCGGGCAUGGAUGGCAAUAAGCAAAUAUAUCCUUUGGCUUUCGGCAUUGGAGAUGGAGAGAACGAGCAAGCAUAUACAUGGUUUUUCCAAAACCUGAAAGAUGCCAUCGGAGAUUUUCCAGAUUUGGUGUUUGUGAGUGAUAGACACCCCGCUAUUGAAAGGGCAUUACGUAAAGUUUUUCCCAAUGCAUACCAUGCGUUGUGCACGUACCAUAUAAGCAGAAAUAUUAAAGCAAAUGGACAUGUGAAAGAUGAAUCAAUAAUACAAUGUUUCAUGCUCGCAGCUAGUGCAUAUUUGGUUGAAGAUUUUCAGUUUUAUAUGGGGCAAAUUGAGGCAAAAAACAGUAGGGCUGCCCAGUACAUUUGAUCAUGUGACCCUACAAGGUGGGCACGUUCUCUUUGUCCAUGUAGAAGGUACACUAUCAUGACCACCAAUAUUGCAGAAAGCUUGAAUGGCAUUCUGCUAGAUGCUAGAGAGAUGCCAAUAGUAGCAUUAAUAGAGCACAUACGGAAUUUACUGCAAAUGUGGUUUUAUGAGCGACGUACUGCAGGUGCAAAAUUGACAAAGCCUGUGACUGACCAUAUGGAAGAGCAACUCAAACUACGAAAUUUGGAAUCCAUCGGACUACAUGUGAAAGCCAUUAAUAUGCAUGAAUUUCUUGUGGAAGGUGUGAGUUUGAGGGGUACAGUUAAUCUCCAAUCAAAAACAUGCUCAUGCAAAGUCUUCGAUCUUGAUCAAUAUCCUUGUGAUCAUUGUAUUGCCGCUUGCAGAGACCGAAAAAUUGCUCCUUAUGGCAUGUGUUCUCAUUACUACACCGCGGAUGCAUAUCGUGCAGCUUAUGCUGAGUCCAUUUAUCCUUUGUUAGAUGAAAAACAGUGGCAUGUCCCGGAUGACGUGGCAAGUCGCAUUGUUCUUCCACCAAGAAGGACACGUAGGCGAGCCGGUAGACCGAGGAUGCAACGCAUACCAUCCGAAGGUGAAGAUGUUAUUGGACGUAGAUGUAGCCGAUGCGGUGGUGUUGGACAUUAUAGGCAGAGAUGUACGAAUCCAUUGUCUU